AUGACCAAGGAUCAGAAGCCUCGGGUUCGUAAGCGGACCACUCAUAUUGUUACUGAUUCGAAACCGCGGCAUAACUACGGAAGCGAGAAACCGCUGUUUGUAUAUUCAUGUAUUUGCGGACAAAUGUCUCUGAUUAUCGAUUGUCUGAUUGAAAAACUUCCCCGACGUCCGAGGGACGAUGCUCGAGUGAUUGAUGGGACGAAACGGGCGCAUAAAAUUACGGCCACACCGGCGAACCCUUCAGCUCCAAUCUAUAUUCGUUGGCCCAACGGGAUUGAGAAACAAUUUCGAAGAUCGUGCAAAAGCUGUGGUCUGCCGUUGUUCUAUCGUCAUACUAUUGAUAAUGCACCGGUGAGUCGUGAGGUUAAUACCAUUGUAAGGAUUUCACUUCAUCCUCAACAGACUAAUCAGAAACAGGCUUGUAGCGCUCUUCCAGUGCCUAAUUGCCAUGCCACCCGAAGGAAGCACUGCCAGGUUGCCCAGCCUAGACAGGAGCAGUCGAAAUGCAGAGGUCAGGUUCGAACCACGGACAUUCCGGCGGAAUUCAUCAUCAAGGAUGCCUUGAAGCUGCAAGACGAUCAAACUGCCCUCCCAUCUCUUGUCCUCCAAGCCAAGAAUCAACCUGUCCGAACCACAGACGAGAGCAGUGCAAAUGCUAGGCUUUUGGAAGCGCUAGCUGCUGAGGCAGCGGCCGUCCAACAAGAGGGUGGCAAGGCUCCUGUGAGGCGUAGUGUACAGCAACAGGAGACAACUCAAGGAAUCAACACAGCCGUCACUGUAUCCACAAUCGAAGAUGAAGAAGAGGAAGCCGAGGCUAAGGAGAUCGCGGACUCCUACGCAGCCAAUGCGCGAGUGAUUGAGCAGGAAAUGAUACGCCGCGGAAUUAUCAAACGACGUUUGGUCGAGGAGGCAAGUGUCAUUCGUCGUUUUGGA